AUGAUCAGUAAAUAUGAGCAGUCUUUGCGUGAACUCGUAGACGUGAUUGGUAUGUUAUCUACUGGAGUUGAGCAAUUGACCUCACCUGCACAUUCAGUCGGUAAGCCUGAUGCCGCUGAAGCACCCGAUCAGUCCGUCCUGUCGCCGGCGUCUUUUCGAGAGCCAAAUUUUCCGCACCCCAACCGUUAUGAAGGCGAGCCUGGCGCUUGCCGACAAUUUUUGCAUCAGUGCUCCCUGAUUUUUGAUCAAAAACCACUUACAUAUGCCGAUGAGAGAUCCCGAGUGGCAUAUGUGAUGAGUCUCCUGGCCGGUAAAGCGGCUACAUGGGCCAUGGCGGUAAGCAAUACUAGACCCGAAAUACGUGAUUCGUUCGAGUCUUUUAGGACAGAGUUCGUUCGGGUUUUUGAUCAUCCGGUCAGCGGCAAGGAUGCAGGCAGCCGCCUGCUGGAUUUUUUUCAGGGCGAUCAGACUGUGGUGGAUUACUCAAUUCAGUUCCAUAUUUUGGCCGCGGAGUGUGGCUUUGAUGAUGCGGCGCUGUGUGAGAUUUUCCGACGGGGACUGUCUCCUGCGAUCAAGGACGAGCUGGCUGUCCGGGAGGAUUUUUCUAGUCUGGAGGAUCUGGUCUCUUUGGCCAUUCGUCUUGAUAACCGUAGCCGAGAACGUGAGCGGGAGCGUGCUGGGAAGCGCAGCGGACGGAGGCCGUCUGCGAGGCCUGGCCCAACUACUUCAUGGGUGGAGGGCGUUGACGAGUCACCGUUCGUCUUAACGUCGGGUCUGGCCUUGAUGGAGGAGCCCAUGCAACUCAACGGCGGGCGCCUUUCGGCUGCGGAACGACGAAGAAGGCUAAGAGCGGGCGUGUGCCUAUGUUGUGGCUCACCGGGGCAUUAUGUCGCCACCUGUGACGCAGCACGCCCACGUGAACCGAAACCCACGGCUCCGAGUGUGACUUCUUCCAAAGGGAGCAGAGCGUUCGUUCGGGACAACAACGAGCAGUCAAAUGAACCAGGUGACUGCAACCUGCUGGAUUUUCCUCCUCCUCUCUGCAUUCCUGUGCGAGCCCACACUAUGCAAAGGGGGACGCGGGGGAUCUCGGGGAUCGUCCAGAGGAACCUCCGCUCGUAGCUCCACGGCGGGCUCCUACCGCGGACCGGGCGGCUACGGCGGCCCGCGCUCUCGCUUCAGGGCGGCGGGGCGGACGUCCCCGGUACGGGUGGCCGCCGCCGCUGCUGCGGGGGCCGCGGUGGCCUUGACAGCAGAUAAAUGGUACGCAUCCGCCUACCGUCGCAGCAAUGCCGAUUCCGAUGAGGAGCUGGAUUAUUAUAACAGGACCGGUUACUUUGAUGCCCAUAUGUCUGGCUCCACAUUGGGAGCGUCCUUCUGCCAAAUGUUAACCAUCACCAUGGCAACACUUUCCUCCAAAUAUACACUCUUUUGGGACUCCAUGCUGUAGAUAAGCUUUUAAGGAGAAUGGCAAUGAACCUGACUAAUGCAGGGGAGGUUGGAAGCGACAGGAAAGACUCUUGGAAAGACACUGUGUAACCACAAAGAAAAAACUGCACUGUUUACUUAUACUAAACGCACUAACAGAGCACUAUUUUUCACUCCUCAACCACCAGCUUGUGUUUAUGCAGGACCAAACAGGUAAAAAAAAAAAAAAAAAAAAACUACAACAAUAAAAAACUUAACAAUAUCAGUUAGAAUAUACCCCCCCCCCCCCAGCCUAUAUGGAUAAUUGUAUUAGUCACAUUUUGUGAAAACGAGAAAAAAAACUUAGAAUCCAGUUGCCUUUGUGGAAUUCCAGGACCUCAUCCAUGACUGAAAAUCUAUGCGUCUUUCACGGGAGCCCAAAUGGGCAUGGGAUCAUAUUAGAAGGAAAGCCUAGAUUUUAGGAAAUUUAUUAAAUGUCAACUUUAGUAAACAUAUUUGUGAGUCAGGUGUAAAGGUAUGGUGCUGCUAAAAUAGUCGAUGUAUCUCCAAAUCUCCUUCCUCUUAUUUGGAGCAGAACACCUUUCUUAUCUAUAUGUCACUUGUGGACUGUACAUGAACUGUCUCAAUGCAAAUAAACACAUUUAAACCAAGUCUUGGGGUGUUUGGCUGUUUCCAUUCAAGUCCAGGGGUGCUGGAAGUCACUCACAGCAGGGGGUGCUGAGGGUUUUAUUUUAGUUUUCCCUAUCCAAAAACAGGGUUCCGGUCCAAAUUUGUCAUGCUCACGCUUUUUCACCAUGCAAGGAGUACGCAAUGGCAGUACACGCACAUGCUGGAUAGUUUAUGUACUACUACUAGGCUACUACAAAGACAGCGUUCUAUUUCAAACUCUUACAAACUCCACCCUUGACAAGUUUCAAUCAGGCUUCAGGUCCAGACACAGCAUUAAGUCAACGCUGUUAAAAGUGCACAACUACAUUGCCUUUUCUGUAGAUAAUGAAAGCCCAGGUAUCCUUGUUUUACUGGACCUCAGAGCAGCAUUCGAUACAGUCGACCAUAGUCCUUGUAUCUUGUUUAUCACACUUCAUAGGUAUCCGUGGUAACGCACUACAAUGGUUUAAAACAUACCUGGAACAAAGGGAAAUUAGUCUAUAAUGAUUGGGGAAUUUUCCUCCUCACAAACUUCUCUGUCUUGUGAGGUGCCACAAGGCUAUUUUAGGGCCUGUUCUCUUUGCACUUAUCUCCUCCUACCUUUAGGCUCAAUUAUAAGAAAA